GGUAUAGUAAAAAAUUCGACGGGCAUAGUUUUUGCUGAGUCCUAUAAAUUCUACUCUUUAUUUACUACACAUACGUCUAUGAUACCCUACCUGCGUACGAUCUGCAAUAAUUUUUAUAUUCAUUCUCAGCAUACCUGCCGGCGCCUGCGCACCUGCUUACCGUUUAAUUUCAAAUUAAAAACCAAUUAAGUGCUUACGUAUAAAAGGAGUGUUUAGAGAACGGAAAAAUUUAAAAUUUAAAUUAAGAUGCCGCAAGAUAUAAGUAAGGAUAUAACCUUUAUAAAGGAAUGGAUGGCAAAGGAACCGCAUCUACCCCAGGAUCUCGAUGAUAAGCUUAUAGCGAAGUUCCUCCACAGUUGUUACUACAGUUUGGAACAAACCAAGAAGUGUAUUGACCGAUUCUGCACCAGCCGCAGUCAGAUGUCGGAGGUGUACACCAACAGAGAUCCCUUAUUACCUCACAUGCAGACUGCUUUUUCUAUCACGAUGGUUGCUUCGUAUAAGUACGGUGAUAUCGAGAUCCUUAUUCAAAAAUUCGAUGAUCCUAAUAUGGAGCACUAUGUGUUCUAUGAUUUUUUGAGAACUCACACCUUGCAAGGCGAUUAUUGGGUCCAAAGGCCGUUUUUAGCAGAAGGGCAAUACAUAAUACUAGAUAUGGCGGACUAUACUCUAAAGAUGAUAGCUAAGACAAAUAUUAUGUUUUUAAGGGAUUACAUCUUAUAUAUGCUGGAAGGUAUGCCUAUAAGAGUGAAGAAAAUCAUUGGUAUCAACGCUCCCUACUUCUACGACAAGUUUUAUGCACUUAUCAAACCAGCAUUACCCGCCGCAAUCUGUGAUAUUAUCCACUUUUUCCCUGAUCACGAGAGUUUGUACAACAUCAUUGAUAAAAAAUGUCUGCCAAAGGAAUACGGAGGCGAAGCUCAGAGCAUGGUCGAACAGAACAAAGAAUGGGUUCAGGCAAUCCUUGAGAGGAGAAAAAUGUUCCUGAACGAAAACUUAUGGGCAGCCGACCUCAAGAAGAAGCCGAAAAGCAAUGACAACACGAUGAGUGGCUCCUUUAGAACCUUGUCUAUUGAUUGAAGUUUUUCCUUACAAGCUUUUUAAACAUUGACACCCAAACUAGCGCGGCAAAAUCUACGGAUGAUAAUUGUUUGGCAUAAUAUAGGGUCCAAGUUUAUCUAUUUGGAUUGGCAAUAAGAUUGCUUGUGCACUAGUCCAAUUGGAACUCAAGAAAAUACAUUCCGAGAUAUCGGGGCGUAUUUUCUCAAAUUCAGCUUUUUAUUAACAUCGUAAACAUUUUCUCAGAUCCUAUCCGCUGCCACUGUCCGCAUUCGAACCAAAAGGUCGGUGGCAAUUCAGUUCAUCUUGAUUCCUAUAUUCUCGGAUUCAGAUUGGACCCGUGCAUAAGCCCUCUUAGGAAUUAUGUCAAUUAAAAUUUUAUUAAGGUCAUAUUGAAGUAUUAGUUGUACAAAACUGUUCGCCUUUUCUGGAUUAUGGGUGGGAUUCGGAAAUCGAUUUUAAGAACGUGACAUACUCAUAAUCGGAUGUAACAUUCCUAAUAUAGGUUUAUUUGGGCCAUAAAGCUUUGGACGGGAUGCGGGAAGUGAAUGUGUAUGUGAUUUGUUCGGUCCCGUUCGGGAUUCGCGUAAUGAAUCCCGUGCGGAAUUCGUUUCAGUUUGACCAAAGCUUUACGCGUUUUUUAAUUGCUUAACUAUUUUUAUACUUAGUGAUAUUAUAAAAAGGUACAGUAAUUAUUGAAGAUAAAACAUGUGAUAAAAUAGAAUUAAGUAAUUUUAUUGAUUAGUUCUAAUGAAGUUAGGUAUAGCUCUACUUAAGAGAUGUGUAGAUCUAGGUAAGUUGUUUUAUUAUCAUGGUUAUAGGUAAUGUCGGGUAUAUCCCUUGCAAUAAAGUGGAAAAAUGCACUCUUUA